AUGUCGGAGGAGGAGAAGGAUCGGCUAGAACGGCUUCCACCAAUCCUUACUGGACUCUUAUCCAUCCGCGCGUCUUGGCUUGGGGUUUCCCCGUACUACUUGCUCCAUGAUCCAUCAUCCAUCCACGCUUCUGACAAGUCUGACGACGGCCAGAUUGGCCUGCAUGUCCAGUCUGCCAAGCAUUGCGAAAAGAAUCCACCGACGGCGACAGAGAGCAGCAAGCAAGUGCAAAGCAAGGCUUUUCCUCUCUCUAUUUCCCAAUACCAGAGAAGACAGGCAAUUUCCUGCAAGGUCGGGUCCAUAUGCACACAAUUUGAGCAGACAAGAGACAUACAUAGUACGGCGGGUAUGCAGGGUAAGGCUCUCAUACCCAUGGCCCGGCUCCUCCCUCACACACCCCUGGCUUUUUCCUACCUCGUCGCAAUGGCAAAUCGCACACACGAUGCUGCCAAUGGUCCCCUUCGCCUCGCUUCAAGUCCUCGCCUCCACCACUCGACCCCCAGUGCAGCACCACCACACGUUCCAGAGGCCCUGCCCACCCAUGCCUCAUCCCUUCGCCUUGUCGCCUUACCCCCCUGUCGGCUGUACACAACUGAUGUCGCGCCGUCGGGGGUGGGCAUCAUUCUGGUUGUCACGGUUGUUCAGAUGCAAGACGACAACCCCAGGCACCACCUUGAGGCUAGGAAGGCCGCCCGAGCAGGGUCGAGACGUGCGACACAAAUUCUUGGGACGAUCCCGAAGGUUGCUUAA